AUGCGCUUACGAAUACCCAAUGGUUAUAUUGCAUUCCGAAGGACGACAGUAAUUGUAGGCUUCGGAAUAGGCAUUGGUGUUGCAGUAAUCGGUUAUUUCUAUAUAAAAAGAUUUUGGAGAAGUACUCAUAAGAAUGAACCUGAUGAAUGUAACGAUGCUACAGAAAUUCAUCCAAAUGGUCUUGUUAUAUCUCGAUUGCGAAGUGGUAGGACUAGAGGGGCACUAUCAAUUGGAUCGUCACAACGAAACUCAUCUAGACCAGGAAAUAUACCACCCGCUGAAUUGGACCUGAUUUCCAGUUUACAAUCGGUGCAAGAAAUAUUACAGCGGGUAGAACGAGCAGUUUCUUCAUUGGAUAUGGUGAAAAAUCGUUCAGAAAAAGAUUGUAGACGGGCUGAUUUACUCUCUUCUAUAUUAGACAGGUUGCGAAUUUUGGAAACAGACAUUAUAAGAGUAGUACAGGAAGGUGGUUAUGAAAAAGAAGUUCCACCUAGCGAUGAACAGUUUUGGUCAGCAGGAGGAUCGCAGCGUGCAGGCACUUUAUCAGUUCUCUCGGACGAAUCAUUUUGGUCAACUUAUGAAGAAUUUCCUAUGAGUAUAGAUGAUGUCGAUGUUUUGAUGCGAGAACCAUUGAACUUGGAUAAGAACGUAUUGCAUUUCUAUCUGGAGGGUAUAGCAGCUGUAGAAACCGGCGAAGUGAAUUGCAGAAAAAUAAGGACAGAAUUUUGUUGCUGUGAGGAUGAUGAUGAUUUUAAAGCUAAAGUUUGGUGCAUACGUCAAGCGUUCACUGAGAUUUUAUUAGAUGAGCAUAAUCGUGUAUGGUUAGCGCAAGCAGGACGUCAAUUAAUUGCAGAUUUACUGCGACAUGCCAGCAAAGAUCCUACUUCGUUUUAUUUAGCUUAUGAUGCUAUGAUGGAAUAUUUGAAUGAAACCCAGCAUCUGGAAAUUGUUGAUAAUGAGUUGAAACAAAGAGGAGUACCGGAAUUGGGUUUCUGGGAUAUCGUUCUAGACUACAUUCUGAUUGAUGCAUUUGAAGACCUUUCGCGACCACCAUCUGCUGUUUUAGCUGUUACAAGAAAUAUGUUUUUAAACCAGUCAAUGAAGGAAUCAACAUUAGUAACCGUGAUUUGGUCUAUGCUGAAAGCUAAACGUGCAAGACUUGCGGUAGCUGAUGGAUUUAUAUCACAUUUCUACAAUAUCUCGGAAGCAGCUUCUCCGUAUAUCACCUUAGGUUUCUUGGGGACUGAUGAACACUUACGCGAGUUAUGUCACUACUUCAAAGAACAAAUGUGUUCGUUUAUUGUUGAUAUAUUUAACGUGAAGAAAGUAAGAUAUACAUCGCUUAAGGAUUUGGCUGAGGAUAUACGACUAAUUCUCGAAACACGUCUUGAAAUGGUUCAAACUAGAUUAAGCACUGAAUUACUUCCCCCAUCAUGA